UCAAUUUCCUCUUCUUGAACCAACGCCUCUCACACCUCACCUUCUCAACUCAUCAUCUAAUCAACACGUUACAAAUCCCACCAACAUCACCCUCUGCUAAUUCACCAUCUUUAUACACACCUUUCCCCUUAAAAAACCCCCCAAUUUCACUAAAAACACAAUCUUUAUCUGCAAAUUUCCAAUCUUUUUGCUUUCAUCUUCAAACCCUCAACUUCAUAUUACAAACCCAGAUCUAAUUCACUCUAAUUCCAUCUGGGUAUCCUUCCAAUUCGUGAUUCUUUGAUGAAUUUUGAUGGGAUCGAAUGAUAAUUUGGAAAAUGUUGUUGGGAAUACAAACCCGUUUCCAGUUGGUGGUAGUUCUAGAGGAGUCGGGUCGACCCGGUCGUGGGGCACAACCGGGUCGGGUCAAUCCGUUUCCACUAGUGGUAGUGCCGGGUCGCCGUCGACCCGGAGUGAGGCUGCAAUGGCGGCGACUCCUGCGAGUGAGAACACGUUUUUGAGGUUGAAUCACCUUGAAAUUCACGCUGAUGAUGCUGGAUCUCAAGGGGCUGCUGGGAAUAAGAAGAAAAAACGAGCUCAACGUGCAACCGGAGGAGAUAAAGGCGGUAGAGGACUUCGUCAGUUUAGCAUGAAAGUGUGUGAGAAAGUUGAAAGCAAGGGAAGAACCACUUAUAAUGAGGUUGCAGAUGAACUUGUAGCUGAAUUUUCAGAUCCCGGCAAUGGCGAUCAAGCUCCAGACCAGCAACAAUAUGAUGAGAAGAAUAUCCGUAGACGAGUAUAUGAUGCACUAAAUGUUCUCAUGGCUAUGGAUAUCAUUUCUAAAGAUAAAAAGGAAAUACAGUGGCGCGGUCUACCUCGAACUAGUCUGAACGAUAUCGAAGAACUAAAGAGUGAGCGUCUUGCUCUCAAGAACAGAAUUGAGAAGAAAACUGCUUAUUUGCGAGAACUCGAAGAUCAACAUGUAGGUCUUCAAAAUCUAAUUAAACGGAACGAGCAGUUAUAUGGCUCUGGAGACACACCAAGUGGUGGAGUGGCUUUACCUUUUAUACUCGUUCAGACCCGCCCUCAUGCGACUGUCGAGGUGGAAAUUUCAGAAGAUAUGCAGCUCGUUCACUUUGACUUCAACAGUACACCGUUUGAGUUACAUGAUGACAAUUAUGUCCUCAAGGCCAUGAAGUUAAGCGGGGGAUCAAACAAUGUUUGUACAGACGGAGGUGUCGGGUCCAGCAUGUCUGCCAUGGUUCAGCCUCCCGCCCCUUUGCCGCCACCAAGGUCCGCCAGACCUCCGCCAUCGCCAUCGCCGCCACUUCCCGGUAUACUAAAGGGGCGUGUUAAGUAUGAGCAUUAGUCAGAUACAACCUCUGCUAUAUCUGUAUAUUGUGUGUUCAUAUUCUGCUUUGCUAAUGGCGGAUUUGUGCUUCAUAUAUGGAUCAUAAUGUUUUUUUUUUUUUUUUUUUUUUUUGUAUUUGAAUUUAUGGUAGUUUAUUUUAAUUUUUUUUUUGUUUUUCGACUGUAUAUUGGAAGCAUGUCAUUUAUGUUUAAGAUUAUACCAUAUAUAUAAAUAUAUGGUCUCAUUGCUCA